AACAAUGAGGAGAGAGAGUGAGAUGGAUCAGAGCGAGAGUUGUAGGAAAUUCUCAAGUUGACGUGAACACCUACAGAGUUUUCAGCAACAAUGCAUUGUUCAUCAUAAUCAAUACACAUUAGUAAAUUAGAGUGAUUUCAAAUCGUAAGAUUUCCCAAAAUUUCCUCAGAUCUUCAUCACGAGUUCUCAAGAAUAUGAUGUUGAGUACGUGGAGAUUAGGGUUUAUUUGUUGGAUAUUAACUGUAUCAAUAUUGAUUGGAAUUGAUGGAGCAUUAGGGUCAGAAGAAGCAUACGUCACGCUUCUCUACGGUGAUGAAUUCCUGCUCGGCAUCCGAGUUUUGGGGAAGUCAAUUCGGGACUCGGGUUCCACAAAAGAUAUGGUUGCGUUGGUCUCUGACGGAGUUUCCGAUUAUACUAAACAGCUGCUUCAGGCAGAUGGUUGGAUUGUGAAAACAAUUAGUUUACUGGAAAAUCCCAAUCAAAUACGCCCAACGAGGUUUUGGGGUGUCUAUACGAAGCUUAAAAUAUUUGACAUGACUGACUACAAAAAAGUGGUGUAUCUUGAUGCUGACACAAUUGUAGUGAAGAACAUUGAAGAUCUUUUCAAGUGUCAAAAGUUUUGUGCCAACUUAAAGCAUUCAGAAAGGUUGAAUUCUGGAGUGAUGGUGGUUGAACCAUCAGAAAAAGUAUUCAAGGAUAUGUCCAGCAAAAUAAAUACAAUGUAUUCUUACACUGGAGGUGACCAAGGAUUUCUGAACUCAUAUUUCCCGGACUUUGCCAAUGCACGCCUUUUUGACCCUCAGGCAUCUCCGGAGGAAUUGAAGUCUAGACCCAUACGUAAAAUGGAGAGACUUUCUACUAUAUACAACGCAGAUGUUGGUCUUUACAUGCUCGCUAACAAGUGGAUGGUUGAUGAGAAAGAACUCCAUGUUAUUCAUUACACACUUGGACCUCUUAAACCUUGGGACUGGUGGACUCAUUGGCUUGUUAAACCUGUUGAUGUCUGGCAGAAUGCUCGAAUAGAGCUUGAAGAAACUCUUCCCGGAACUGGAGGGGGUCAAAAUCCAAAUGUAGAUCUUUUAGUCAAAUUUCUUAUUCUGCUUCCAUUUGCGUUCUUUGUUUUCUGUUAUUGUCACUCAUCCUUACAGACACGACCGCUGAUUGAUCAUAUCAGACACCUAUAUUAUAACUUCAGAUCUGGAGGAGUACUUGGUUACCCUUCUGUAACUACCUCCACCAUCAGCUCAAACCAACAGUUUCCAAACGCAGCUUUGGGCAAACUUCCUACUUUUCUGGGUGCAAUAUCGGUGGUUGUUUGCUUUAUGGCCACUCUAGUCUCCCUUGCACUUUCAUUUUCAAUUGUGCCUCGACAAGUUAUGCCAUGGACUGGUUUGCUCCUUGUGUAUGAAUGGACAUUCACAGUAUUCUUCUUAUCGUUCGGAAGCUAUAUUUACAUAAUCCAUCAAUGGGGAAUAUACGUGGCCCAUCAAUCAUCUUUCCUCUCACAUCCCGAAUCUUCAGAAUAUGAUUCUGGAAAAGGUCAUGUGCGACAAUUGUCACCUUGCGAUGUUGCUACUUGGUAUUAUGGGUUAGGGAUGACAUCUUUUGCCCUGGCAAUUCCUCUGUUACCUUGUUUCCUUGGAAUUACUGCUCUAUUUUUGAGGUUAGGUUUGAUGGUAGCAGUAGGCAUUGUGUUGGCAUCGGUUAUGACAUGUGCUUCACAACACCUUUCAAUGAGAGCAUUUCUGAGAGGCAUUGAAGACAGGGGGAGGGGGGAAUCACCCAGCACCACCCUCUAUUUUUGUGACAUCUGCUAGUCUGCACUGCACCACCCAUUUUUGUUGUAAGCUAAUUAGCUAGUCUCUUCUUCAUCUCUUUUUUUUGUAGUUACGAGUUUUAUUCUUUGUAAUUUAUGGCUAAAACAUUCUUUCAGUUUCAUUUUGCACCACCUAAUUAAUUAUUGAAAUAUUUAUGUGUUUUGCA